AUGUCAGGUGCGGCCAGCAUCGGGCUGGACCUGGGCGCAGGCAAGUGCUGUGUUGGCAGCGUGCGCGCUGGAGCGGUGACGGUGUUGCCAAACGCUCACGGCGACAAGACCACUCCGAGUUUUGUUGCCUUCACCGACUCCCGCAGCCUCGUGGGCAGCGAUGCCAGGGACCAGGCGACGCUCAACCCAGAGAACACUUUUUAUGGCAUCAAAGCCGUCCUUGGCCGAAACUUCAGCAAGACUCUAAGAACAGAACCCUAUCAUUCCAAUGGUGGUAACAGUCCUAAGCAAGAUCCAAAACCAAUACUCCCUUUGAAUGAAGAGGAUCCAACCAUGCUUCCAUACCUUCCCGCAUAUUCCACAACCGAAGACGGCUCCCCCGUCUUUAAAGUUGAGUACAGGGAGGAGAACGUGAAGCUACGUCCCGUACAAAUCAAGGCUUUGCUAAUCGCUACGAUGAAGUCUGAUGCAGAUCACACGAUCAGUGGGGUCACAUACGCCGUCAUUGAUGUUACAGUAAAUUUCAGCAACGCGCAGCGACAAGCCAAUCGUGAUUCAGCCAGCAUCACCGGCCUUUAA